AUGCAACAAGGGAAACAGGGAGUUAUGGUGAUACCUCAGCAGAAUCAAAACCCAAUAGAGCAGUUGCAGGCUCGGUUCAAGGAGCUAGAGAGUGGGUUCAAGGGUUGGUUGGCCAAACAGUCUUUGCCUGUGGAGGCAGCCGUCGUCACACUCACAAGCGGCGCACAGGGCGCUGCCAUCGGUGCCUUCAUGGGUACUCUCACCAACGACGUUUCUUCCUCUCUUCCCACCCCUCCUCCUCAGGCCGGCCUCAACCCUCAAGCCAUGGCCUCUUUCAAGCAAGCUCAGGCCCUUGCUGGGGGUCCCUUGAUACAAGCUCGCAACUUUGCUGUUAUGACUGGUGUCAAUGCUGGCAUAUCCUGUGUCAUGAAAAGAUUGAGAGGCAAGGAGGAUGUUCAAUCUAGCAUGGUGGCUGCUUUUGGUUCGGGAGCCCUAUUUUCACUGGUGAGUGGCAUGGGCGGCCCCAAUCAAGCAGCAAAUGCAGCCACUUCUGGACUUUUCUUCGCACUAGUUCAAGGUGGACUUUUCAAGUUGGGGCAAAAAUUUUCUCAACCACCAACUGAAGAUAUUUACUACUCUAAAACAAGGAGCAUGUUGAGUAACCUGGGCCUCCAGAAUUAUGAGAAGAAUUUCAAGAAAGGGUUAUUGUCAGACAACACUUUGCCUCUGCUCAACGACAGUGCACUGAGAGACGUGAAAAUCCCUCCUGGACCAAGGCUUCUCAUUCUUGAUCACAUUCAGAGGGACCCUGAGAUAAAAGAGAGGCGAGGAUUUAGCAGUUGA